ACAGGCAGGUGCGUCCCAGCGGCCGGGCGGGCCAGGUCUCCCUCCUGCGGGCAGGCGCCUGGCUGCGGGACGCGGCGGGCGGAGCGGGGGAGCCGGGCGCAGCGCCCCCUGGGCCUGAAGACUGGCGGGCGGCGGGGGCGCGCGCGGGCCAGCGGGGGCGCGCCGCGCUGCGAGGCCUGCGCGCCAGGCUGCGGGAGCCAUGCGGCGAUCGAGGAGCUCUGCGGCCGCCAAGCUGCGCGGGCAGAAGCGGUCCGGGGCCUCCGGGGCCUCCGCGGCCUCCGGGGCCCCCGCGGCCGCUGCCUCGGCCCCCAGCGCCAUCCGCACACGGCGCUCCGCGAGCCAGGCCGAGAGCAAGAGCCAGGCGGCGGCGAAGCCGCCGUCGGAGAAGCCGCGGCUGAGGCGCUCGUCGCCGCGGGCCCAGGAGGAGGGCCCGGGGGAGCCGCCGCCGCCGCCGGAGCUGGCGUUGCUCCCGCCACCGCCGCCGCCGACUCCCGCGACCCCGACGUCCUCGGCGUCCAACCUGGAUCUGGGCGAGCAGCGGGAGCGCUGGGAGACGUUCCAGAAGCGGCAGAAGCUCACCUCCGAGGGCGCCGCCAAGCUCCUGCUGGACACCUUUGAAUACCAGGGCCUGGUGAAGCACACAGGAGGCUGCCACUGUGGAGCAGUUCGUUUUGAAGUUUGGGCCUCAGCAGACUUGCAUAUAUUUGACUGCAACUGCAGCAUUUGCAAGAAGAAGCAGAAUAGACACUUCAUUGUUCCAGCUUCUCGCUUCAAGCUCCUGAAGGGAGCUGAGCACAUAACGACUUACACAUUCAAUACUCACAAAGCCCAGCACACCUUCUGUAAGAGAUGUGGCGUUCAGAGCUUCUAUACUCCACGCUCAAACCCUGGAGGCUUCGGAAUCGCCCCCCACUGCCUGGAUGAGGGCACUGUGCGGAGUAUGGUCACUGAGGAAUUCAAUGGCAGUGAUUGGGAGAAGGCCAUGAAAGAGCACAAGACCAUCAAGAACAUGUCUAAAGAGUGAGCUUCUGCCUCUCCUGCCCUGAAAAGGAGGAAUGAUUGGGGCCAGCAACUUUGCUUUCCUUGCCGUGCCUCGGUGGUGCUCCUGAAUGUGGCUGACCUGGGCUGCUGGUUCCGUUGACUAGGGCCAUCUUGAUCUCUGCAGUUUGCUCCAGCUACCAGUUUCUUUAGGCAGCUCUUUGUCCUCCCUCUGCCCAGAUUUUGAUGUAGUCUAGUUGACAUCCUUCUCUUCCCAACUUUUGUGUGAUCUUUUAGGAAAAAAAAAUAAAUAUUUUUAACAUUAAAGCAGUUACUUUGGUUUAUCA